CACUCCACUCCACUCCACUUCUUGUAGCACGGGGAGCGAAACGAACGAGAGGAGGAGGAGGAGGAGAAGGGAGCUGCGAUCAUGGGCAAGAAGGGGAAGAAGGAAGGAGAAGGAGGAGGAGGAGAGGGGAAGAAAGACGACGGAACGAUCACUGUCGUCUUAAAGGUCAACAUGCAUUGCGAGGGAUGCGCAGAGAAGGUCAAGAGAUCCGUCAAGGGUUUCGAAGGGGUGGAGGGGAUGAAGGCGGACAUCAGCGGGGGGAAGCUGACGGUGGUGGGGAAGAUGGAUCCGACGAAGCUCCGCGAUCGGGUCGCGGCCAAGACCCACAAGAAGGUGGAUCUCGUUUCUCCCACCAAUCCCCCCAAGAAGGACGCCAAAGAGAAAGAGGACUCCAAAAAGCCCGCCGGCGAGAAGAACUCCAACAAGUCCGACGAUAAAAAAUCCAAGGAGCCUGUGGUGACGACGGUGGUGCUGAAGAUUCGCCUCCACUGCGAUGGCUGCAUCGAACGGAUUACAAAAAGGAUCCGGAAAAUUAAGGGAGUGCAGCAGGUGACGGCGGACGCGCAGAAGGAUCUGGUGACCGUGAAGGGGACGAUGGACGCGAAGGCCCUGCCGGAGGUGCUGAAAGAGAAGCUGAAGCGGGCGGUGGAGGUGGUGCCACCGAAGAAGGACGACGGCGGCGAGAAGAAGGACAAGGGCGGCGAGAAGAAGGACAAGGGCGGCGACAAGAAGGAGAAGGGCGAGGGCGGUGGCGGAGGAGGGAAGGUCGACGGCGGGAAAGAGGCGGCGGCCAACCGGAUGGAGUACUACGCGGGCUACCCUUACUCCUUCGAGAUGGUGCACGCACCCCAACUGUUCAGCGACGAGAACCCCAACGCCUGCUCCGUUAUGUGAAAACGGAAACGGUUUCAUAUUUCAGUUUUGGUACUCUAUAUAUUUCCACCGCUAGGAAAUAAUAAUAAUAAUAAAAAAAGCAAGGGAAAAAUAGGAAUUUGGUGUCAA